AUGAGAAGCUCUAACAUUUUUGUGAUUCUACCUUUGUUCCUUCUUCUAGUGUCUAUUGAAAACAUUGUGCGAGUAUAUGGUGAAGAUCCUACAUAUGGUUUUACUUCUGUCCCUUUAACCGAAGCAAAUUUUGUGGUGCAGAAGCCAUACAACAUACCAGUUGAGCAAAGGUAUAGUUUCAUUGAUGGUGUUCAUAGAUUUUGGGUUUAUGCUCACGACAAGCCUUAUUCUCCUGGUAGCCCUACUCAGCCACGCACAGAGAUUCGCAUAAAGGGGCUUGACUACCACUCUGGUGUUUGGCAAUUUGAAGGUUAUGGGUAUGUGCCAAAGGGAACAUCAGGUGCUACAAUAGCACAGAUUCAUGGUUCAGGAGAUGGUGUGCUACGACAUUGA